UGGAGGUGAUGGUGGCUUGGGGAGGGUGAUUGAGUCUGGUGGGGUUUUAUGGGUUCACCAGGCAGGUGGGACCAAGGAGGGUGUGGCUGGAGGACUGGAGUUUUGGCUGGGUGAGUUGGGAUGAGGUAGGAAGUGGAGAACAGAAAGGGGUCGAGGAUGGGCUGACCCAUGUCUUGAUGAGGCCACAGAAGCUUGUGGAAGAUUCUGAUACCAGAGCAGAGUCCCGUCCAAUCCUGGAGGCCCACACACACCCCCACCCCCAAAUCAGAAGCAACUCCAGUUGGUCUCCUGGGAGGUGUGAUCCAGGCUGCCUGUGUGUCUCCCUGGUGGAGGUGAUCACCUGCCUUUCAGAGGAUGCCAUCGGGACCCAUUCCUGGAGACAGUACCCCAGCCCCACAAAGUGAAAUUCAAUUGGUUUUUCCAGCUCAAUCCCCUUCCACGAACAUUACUGCAGUCCCCUGUAGUAAUGUUUAGAUCACUGACCCCUCUAUCCUUAUCCUUAGAUCUAUCCUUAGAUCACUGACCCCUCCCAAGCUCUCUGAACAGCCCUGGAGGCCCAGGUCAGUGGUUUCCACCCUGUCCCUCUGAUCAGGGCUGUACGGGGGGUGGCCUCCUUGGGGCUUGUGAAAACUGGUCCUUAAUAUGCACCCCCAUCUCUCUAAACAGGAUCCAACCUAAUUCUGUGUAUAAUAUGCUUGACUCUCCCUCUCUUUCCCCCGAAAUCAACUCCUGAGACUCCUCUUAGUGGGUGCAAUCCAAGAAGACUUCCUGGAGGAAACAGCCUCCUUAAGCCAGAACAUAUAGCCAACCCCCAACUCCAGAAGAAGCUUACUCCAGGACCCGCACACGCGUGGCCCUGGGUCUGUUUCAGGCAGGGGCGCUAUCCAGGCAGCCUCCCCGGAGGCAACCGAGGCAACAAGCUCUCGAUCUGGAAUCCACAUGUAACCCACCUCCUCUCUCUCCCCGUCCAGGAGAAGCCGGCCCCUCCCGCGCAGCCCGGACCCCGCGAUGCCCGCCCCGCAGUGCGCCACCUGCCACACAGCGCGUGCCGCCCUCCGCCGCCCGCGCUCUGGCCACGCGCUGUGCGGCGCCUGCUUCUGCGCCGCCUUUGAGGCCGAGGUGCUGCACACGGUGGUCGCGGGCCGCCUGCUGCCGCCCGGCGCCGUGGUGGCCGUGGGCGCCUCGGGCGGCAAGGACUCCACGGUGCUGGCGCACGUGCUGCGGGCGCUGGCGCCGCGCCUGGGCAUCUCGCUGCGCCUGGUGGCCGUGGACGAGGGCAUCGGCGGCUACCGGGACGCGGCGCUGGCGGCCGUGCGGCGCCAGGCGGCGCGCUGGGAGCUCCCGCUCACCGUCGUGGCCUACGCAGACCUCUUCGGGGGCUGGACGAUGGACGCCGUGGCCCGCAGCACGGCCGGCUCCGGCCGCAGCCGCGCCUGCUGCACCUUCUGCGGGGUGCUGCGACGCCGGGCGCUGGAGGAAGGGGCCCGCCUGGUGGGAGCCACGCACAUCGUGACGGGCCACAACGCCGACGACAUGGCGGAGACGGUGCUCAUGAACUUCCUGCGGGGCGACGCGGCGCGGCUGGCCCGGGGCGGGGGCCUGGGCUCGCCGGGCGAGGGGGGCGCCCUGCCGCGCUGCCGCCCGCUGCAGCUGGCCUCGCAGAAGGAGGUGGUGCUGUACGCGCACUUCCGCCGCCUCGACUACUUCUCCGAGGAGUGCGUCUACGCGCCCGAGGCCUUCCGCGGCCACGCGCGCCACCUGCUCAAGCUCCUGGAGGCGGCGCGGCCGUCGGCGGUGCUGGACCUUGUGCACUCGGCCGAGCGCCUGGCGCUGGCCCCGGCCGCGCGGCCCCCGCCCCCCGGCGCCUGCUCCCGCUGCGGCGCGCUGGCCAGCCGCGCGCUCUGCCAGGCCUGCGCGCUUCUGGAAGGCCUGAACCGCGGCCGGCCCCGCCUGGCCAUCGGCAAGGGCCGCCGGGGGCUGGACGAGGCGGGGCUGCCGCCAGAUGGGGAGCGGGAGCGGGAGCGGGCCCCCGCCUCGGACGCAUCCCUGCCUUCUAGGGACUCCGGUUCCCGCCGGGAUCCGCCGCCUGGGAGCACGGGGCUGCCUGUAAAAGACACUGAAUAA